GAAUUUUAGAAAAACUGAAAUAUAUAAAAGGCUCUACGAAGAAAAACUUAUUGACCCAAAAAUACAUACCUAUAACCAAAUUUACUAUUGGGCUUUAAAAUUCUCUGCCCAACAAUAUGUCAUCUAUUCAUCUAAUCAACUUCUUUCAUUUUUAAACUUUUUAAAGCAAGAAGAAUUAGUUAAUGAAGGAUUUAAAGUCAUAGUAUACAUCAAAAAUAAUUUUGUACAGGCACUCAGAUUCCUUACCCCUUUUAAUAGUUUAAUACAAAAAGCUGAUAUAAAUGAAAUUAUCAUCGAUUCCACUUAUAAAACAAGCAACCAAAAAUUUGAAUUAUUUUCA